CUCUCUCUCUCUCUCUCUCUCUCUCUAAUGGAACCACCAUUGCUGCCCACUCUGCUUCUCCUCCUCCUCCUCCUCCUCCUCUCCACCACCACCUUCUCAGCCUCUGCUCCUCCUCUCCGCCCCACUCCAUCUCCUGCCUCCUCCCCAACCCCACCAAAGUCCACCACCCCCAAAGCCCCAUCUCCUACCUCCUCCCCAACCCCCAAAACCCCAUCUCCUACCUCCUCCCCAACCCCACCGAAGUCCACCACCCCAAAAACCCCAUCUCCUAUCUCCUCCCCAACCCCACCAAACUCCUCCACCCCCAAAACCCCAUCUUCACCAUCUUCCAGCUCUUUAGACCCAAAGCAACUCAGAGCCCUCCAAUCUCUCAACAUCCCAACCUCCAAAGACCCCUGCACCCAACCCUCACUCCUCCUCCCCAACACCACUCUCUGCGACUCCUCCAAGCCCUUCCGCCACAUCCUCUCCCUCCGCCUUGCCAACUGCUCCGACGACGUCGCUUUGUCCUUCACUGCUCUCAAGUCCCUCUCCACCCUCCAGUCCCUCCAGUUCUUCAACUGCCCCAUUGCCCCUAUCCGCUUCCCGGCCGAUCUCGUUGCCUCUCUCCACUCCUUCACCUGCAUUAACAGCCUCCGCAGGCUCACUGGCGUCUGGCUUGCGCGCCUCCAAAACCUCACUGAUCUCACUGUCUCCAAUGUCGAAGUCAAUGCCUCUGGACCCUUUGUCAUUCUCGGCAACAUGAAGAAGCUCAGGUCUGUGACCAUCUCUCAUGCCAAUCUAACUGGUAGUGUUCCAAGACACUGGAAUUUGAACCUUACCCACAUCGAUUUUUCGGGUAAUAAGCUACAGGGGAAGAUACCCUCUUCAAUCACACUCCUUGAAAACCUUGAAAGCUUGAACCUUUCCUCUAAUUCCCUCAAUGGAGAAAUACCCACUUCGUUUGGGGACCUGAUUUCACUAAAGAACGUGUCUUUAGCUUCAAAUUCGUUGUCUGGAGCCAUACCAGAGUCAAUGUCUGCAAUUCCAGGGUUGGUUCAUGUUGAUCUGAGCUCCAAUCAGCUGAAUGGUACAAUUCCAAAUUUCCUCUCUGAUAUGAAGAGCUUGAAGCACUUGAAUCUUGCAAACAAUGACUUCCAUGGAGUUGUGCCUUUCAAUGUGUCAUUUAUAAACAAAUUGGCAGUGUUCAAGAUUAGCAGGAACAGCAAUUUGUGCUAUAACCACUCUGUUUUGUCAUCAAAAUUGAAGCUUGGGAUUUCUCCUUGUGACAAGCAUGGAUUGCCCAUGUCACCUCCUCCGGCCAAAGGCGAUUCAUCAGCAGAAGACAGCAGUGAUUCAGAUUAUGAUGACAGCGAUGGGGACGACUCUGAUCAGAAGAAGGAUCGUCAUCAUGGGCCAAGUAAGGUUGUUCUUGGUGUGGCCAUUGGGCUUUCUUCCAUAGUCUUCCUCAUUAUUUUCUUGGUUCUUCUCUCCAAAUGGUGUGGUUGAAACUUGAAAUUGAAUUGUUUGUUGAUUAAAGUUUUAUUAGAUUAGGCCAAAUUGGUUAUUGAAAUUGAAUUUUGAUUAAUUUAUUAUUAUACUCAAUGAUGAGGAGGAAGAGUAGAUGGGAAGGUGAAAAAAUUGAAAACAAACCAAAAAAGAAAAAGGAGAGAGAGGAAUCAUUAAUUUGGAGUGUUAUUUUUAUCAUUGCUUUGAUGGCUUGCUGGAGAAAAGAGCAGUGGGUUUCCAUUAUUUUGUGAUAGAUGUGGCCAGUGGCCACUUGGGUGUAUUAUUUCUUAGCUGCCAUAGAGCCUAAAAGCGGCUUCAUCUGUUUUCCAGAUUAUAUGUAUGUAAUUUUUUUCUUCAGCCACAAGCAUUUAUCUUCUUUAUUUAUUUAUUUUUGAUCAGGUAGCUUUCUCUGAGUUUAAUUGCUUUCUUCUUAGUGUAAAUAUUCAUGAAUUGAUAACAAUGUGGAUUGGCUAAA